AUGAGUUAUGCAAAGAAGUCGAGCCAUUCGGACAAGGAGCCGACGAUCGUGGUCAAGAACGCCGACAUGGACGACGACCUCCAAGAAGAGGCCAUCGAUUUAGCCAAGGAUGCCUUCCAGAAAUUCACCGUCGAGAAGGACAUCGCCUCCUACAUCAAGAAAGAAUUCGACGCCAAGUUUCAACCGACCUGGCACUGCAUCGUCGGCCGCAACUACGGAAGCUACGUGACGCACGAGACCAAACAUUUCAUCUAUUUCUAUCAUGACCAGAAAGCAAUCCUACUCUUCAAGUCAGGGUACGGUGGGCGUAUCAGGUCUCAUUUUACGAUUAAAACUCGUCAGAAUAACAUCUGCGAAUCGUCUUUCGCGACUGUUUAUUUCAUCUUUUGGUUCGUCGUCAGUUCAAACAAAUCAAUCAUGAAUCGCAGUGGAGGUUCGUCCUACUCGGGCAAGUCGGGUACUGAAAAGAACAAAAUCGAAGUCAAGAACGCCGACAUGGACGACGACAUGCAAGAACUCGCCAUCGACCUGGCAAAACAAAUGCUCGAGGACGGCGAUAAAACGAAGAAGGUCGUCGAGAAGGACGUUGCGGCCUUUAUCAAGAAGGAGUUCGACAAAAACUACGAUCCGACCUGGCAUUGCAUCGUCGGCCGCAACUACGGCAGCUACGUGACGCACGAGACCAAACAUUUCAUCUACUUCUAUCACGGGCAGACGGCUAUCCUUCUCUUCAAGUCGGGUUAGAUAUAUAUAAGCCAAUCAAAUGAUCUCCAAGAUGCAGUUUAGACUCUUAGAUAGAAUUUAUAGACAAUGAGAAGUCAGAAGUCUACUACGACGUCGAUGUCAACGUAGUUCGUCAUUGUAAUGUCGUCACAUGGUCAUUGAGCACGUCCUUCAACUCGACGGCAGGCGCCAUUAAAUUUGCUUACUUUGACAUGUAUAAGGCUACAAUUUCUCGCAAGCAAAACAAUAGGCGCUAUCAAUUGUUUUCGAGAUGCCCGUUGAGAUAAGUUAUGUCAUAUUGGUUUUCAAUGGACCAGGGGCCUUCCCCCCCCCCCCCUCUCAACAGCCAUUGGUUAGAUAAUUUCUUCUCUGAUUCGGUAUCGAUGGCAUUGCUGUCUCCGUAAUUUAUAGAAGAAUUAAUAGUACAGGAGAUAUAGCAAAUUAUGUUUGCUGCAGAAAGAGUUCACGAAGGAUUUUAUAUCUGAAUAAGUUUUAAAGUUGUAAUGAGUAUGUUAAGUAUAUAAUUAUAGAUAAUAUAUUUAUAGAUAUGAAUAUAUAUGGAAGCUUUAAGUAUAUUUAAGAUAGUUUAAAUAACGCUUAGCUCAAAUCUAUCUCACUCAUGUCUUCUAAACUGAGACGUUAGAUUUCUGCCAAAUAUUUAUUAUUAUGUUUAUUCAUUUAUUACGAGGUAGACAGAAAUGAGUGAUGCAGAACGGUCAAUUAUUUUUGAUGGUAUCCACAAGGAAUCAUUUCAUAAGCAAUUUUCAAAAUGGGUUUUCUGCUAAGUGACCCCCAAUACAAAUAUAAUUUUAUUAAUUGGGAGUAUCAACCGAACGUUAUACUCUUAAGAAAUAUUGAUGCAUUAUUUGUAAUAGUGGGUCUAAUGAAUGGUCAAUUGGUUAAUCGGUUUAAUAAACAUUUAAUACAAUAA